CUUCCGGGUCCCGUAAUGUAGCAAUAUGGCGCUGUGUGAAAGCACAGAGAGAGAAAAAAGUUUGUUAUUAUUGCUACGGGACGUGUUUCCAUCUUUGGUUCUCUUCACUUUGGCUGUUAACGCGUCAUGUGAAAGACAAGUCUUCAACAGAGCGUGCGGACUUCUUUUAGGACACAGGAAGUUUGAGCCCAUGACAAAAGAACAGCCCCUGAGUGAAAAAAGGAAGCAGAAGAGAGUGUGGAUGAUUGACUACAGCCAGAACAGGUGGUAGUGUUAUUGCGUUUACUUAAUUCGUCUUUGCAGAAGUGAAAGAAGCGGAGAAGAUGGAGACAUCAGGGCCAAAAGAAGAGGUUUAAUGAAGUUGUUCCACUCCUGAUGAUGGGACCUUUGUUGAAUCCUGUGAGCACAUGUGGUUGACAGAAGUAGUGUUGCAUGUGACCCAAACCAUUCUGAUGAGGAUUGCAAUGACACAUCAGACUCCAUCAGUUAGAACUGAAGAAGGCUCUUGGAUGAGAGGCCGAACGUCAUCUUGACGUUGCCUGACGUAACUCUUUAACCUUGAACCUGGAUGACUGAGAAUCUUAGUAGACAACUCUGAAGUCGGAGCGUUCUGACGUCAGAGUUAGUGUGGAGCUGUGCCUGCUGAUUAAUGAAGACAGCAAAAAUUAAACCUAAAACACUUGACAAGAAACUAUCCGAAAAGCCCGCCCCCUACAGUUGACCGCUGACAUUCAUAAUGGCCUGCAAUGUUAACAAGAGUGGAACAGGUAAUGAAACAAACACAAGGCAUAUUUUAAGCACAAAACGAAAUGACCAGGUUAAAUAACAGAAGCGAGCUAAGGAAACAUUGUCUCCCUCCUACAGGAAGGUGUCACUCACCUAUGCUCACCUGGAACUUGACAGAGAGGGCGAGAGAGAGAGAGAGAGACCAAGGCCACAUACAGGCACAGGGGUCGUAACUAAAUCGAUAGGAUCCAGAAAGGCGAGCCUAAAAAGGAGGCAGAAGCAUACCUGGACCUGUUCACAAUGAAGAAUAUCAAACUUAAGGAACGAGUACUAAUACCUGUCAAACAGUAUCCGAAGUUCAAUUUUGUCGGGAAGAUUUUGGGACCUCAGGGCAACACAAUCAAAAGACUACAGGAGGAAACUGGAGCCAAGAUCUCUGUGCUGGGCAAAGGAUCCAUGAGAGACAAAAACAAGGAGGAAGGCUUGAGAAAAGGAGGCGAGCCCAAGUACGCACACCUGUCCAUGGAGCUGCACGUUUUCAUCGAGGUGUUUGCCCCCGUUCCCGAGGCUUACAUGCGCAUGGCGCACGCCAUGGAGGAAGUCAAGAAGUUCCUGUUUCCUGAUAUGAUGGAUGAUAUCUGCCAGGAGCAGUUCAUGGAGAUGAGCUACCUGAACGGAGGUCAGGAGCACGGGGCUCGGGGCCGAGGGGCCAUGGCGGUCAGGGGUCGCGGUCUUCCUCCUGCUGGAAUGCAUAGGGGCAGAGGAAUGCCUCCCCGUGGUGCCCCUGCCAGAGGUGGUGUGAAUCGAGGCGGACCGGCCAGAGGUGGCGCAAUGAGGGGAGCCCCGGGGGGCCGCGGAGUACCCCCUGCCGCACCGGUAAGAGGAGCCGCCGCUACCCGCGCCAGGCCACCUGCCGCCGUGCCCCCUCAGAGGAUGGCGCCCACAACCCACACGGCCGCAGCCUCCGAGAACUACGGCGAAUAUGGCUACGACGAGAACUACACAGACGCAUCCUACGAGUCGUAUGACAACUAUUACACUCAGCCGCAGGGAGAGCCGGAGUACUAUGACUACGGGCACGGAGAGACCACAGAAUCGUACGAAUCAUACGGGCAGGAUGAUUGGAACGGAACCCAGCAGCUAGGUCAGGCGAAGGCUCCUCCCCCCUCCAGAGGCUCCAAGACGACUUACCGGGAUCACCCUUACCGACAGUACUGAAGCAGACCCGCUCCCAAAAGUGUUGCCGUGACUACCAACUGUCUACAAUGGCAGCUCUCGCUUUAAGCAACCCGACAAAAGUAAUUGUCCGUUUUGUCUUUGGUUUGGUCUUUUUUCCACACCGGACUUUAUACGAGAGAGAGCACAAUACUAGGAACUGAAAAAUCCUGUUUUUUAAAAAGAUUCGCCCGCUAACUCCCUCCAAUACUUUGGCGCGCCAACCGACCUGCCAACCAAAGCGGCUUUUAGAUGGAUUACAGUGAAGUUGGCGACAAUUUUUUUUCGUGUUCUUUUUUUAUUUUGGAAUUCUGUUUCUGUUGCUGUAUUUUUUUUCUCUUUCUUUCUUUCCUCUUACCCCUUUUUUAACCUCCUUCUGGCUUUUUUUGCAUUGUUGAUCAGUGGGUUUUUUUUCCGUUUUUUUACUGUUCCGGGAGUAGGUCUUUCUAGUGGAAUUAGUGGCUCAUUACCCACCUGUCUAAGGAGUCAUUAUACUUGUUUAUAAAUAAAAAAAAUCUGUUGAGGGUCAGUUGCAGAUUCCCAUUUAGGCUACAUUUCAAAAUUCUUUCUAAUAUAGCUCGAUUAAAAACCCUUAAACUCUCAAUUAUGUAAUAUAGAAACAAAAACGGACUAAAAUAAGAAGAGAAGAAAAAAAAAAUGAAUCAAUGUAAAAGAAAUCAUUUCAAUUCCUACAUUGUUUUUAAAUAGUUCUAAAACAUUGUGCAUCUAGUCGGACGCAUCAAUAUUUGUCAUUGUACUUUAGAGUUUUGAAAUAUAGCCCUAAUAGACACUGUUGAGAUGGACUGUCCUCAAAUCCUCAAUUUGACUCAUAUGUUUAAAAAAAAAAAAAACAACUAAUUUUAAGAUUUCUGAAGAUCAACUGUUGUGCUUAACAAACAAAAAAAAAAAGUUCAGGUCCUUAUUUUGGGGGAUCUGAUUCUUCAUAAACUGCAUGCCCAAAAUACUGAAAGGAUUGGGACAAAAAUCUCCACAUGGGUCUUCUCUUUCUACAGAGAAGGGAUCCUGCAGCUCAAUCCGAACAUAUUGUACAUAUUUUAAAACUAACUGUACUCACUCUGCCACCAAGUAUCUGUACCCUCUCCAUAAAAUGCAUUAUGCUACAUGUGUAAGCUUGCCUAAAUAGGAUACUAAAUCUGUCCAAAAGAUGUUUUGCAGCGGUUUGUCAAUAAAGCUUAGAUUGUUUUUUUAUGAAA